UUUUGUGUCUCCUCAGCCACGACAGCCGAUCGUUUCUACAGGAUAGACCGAGCACAGGAACAUCUCAACUACGUAUCAGAAAUCUCCCAGGAAGAGAUCUUCAUCCUGGACCCUGAACUUGUUGUCAUGACAACUGUAGGCACCUCCCCCUCAGCCAUGGCCGACCUGGUUAACCCCGCCCCUAGCCCAGUAAACAGCAGUUCUUCCCCAAGGCAGCACAUGAACAGUGACAGCACAGAAGCAGAAGUUUUGACGCACAAUGAAGAACCUGUGACCAGCAAACUCAGCCGAGCGGGUUGUAUCCAUCGUUCCAACACAACGGCUGCAGAUACCAACCAAAGGCAAAGAUGGGAAAAGAGCCAAAAGAUGAGCGAAACAGAAAAGGAGAGAGAAAAAGAAAUGUUGAUGGAUUGUGUGAAGAACAAGGACUUGAAGAAGCUGCAGGAGCUGCACCUGAGGGGAGCCGACCUCACCGUCCUGGACCAGUCAGGGUGGAGCUUGCUACACCAUGCUGUUAGUACAGGAAGCAAGGACAUGGUGCGCUACAUCCUCGACAAUGCACCAAGUGAGCUGAUUGAUGUCACUGAGAAACUGCAUGGGGAGACGGUUCUUCAUCAGGCUGCGUCGCUGUGUCACAGGACUAUCUGUCAUUAUCUGGUAGAAGCAGGAGCCUCGCUCAUGAAAACAGACCUGCUGGGCGACACUCCUAAGAACAGGGCGGAGAAGGCCGAAGAUGCUGAGCUGGCAGCGUACCUGGAGAACCGACAGCAUUACCAGAUGAUCCAGAGAGAGGAUCAGGAGACAGCUGUCUGAGAUGUUUGAACUGUCCUUGGACAUGGAUGAAGGUUUUGUCUCCUUCCUCGUGUUGACCAGACAGAACGUGUUUUUGCCUUUGUGCGAGUUGAGCUGGACGCAGGUUCC